AUGAAAGGAAUGCAAGCCAUUAGUGUGACUCUUUUCAUGUCAUUUCUAGUUCUGGUGACCAGAGGAAAAGAUGUGCAAUACAAAAGGCAAGAGGAAGACACUACACAGAUUCUCAGUUAUCACCGAGUUAAUAAAACCAUUGUGAUGAAAGAUGGAGAUGUCUAUGACUGCGUUGAUGUGAAUGAGCAACCGGCUUUCAGGCACCCAUUAUUGAAAGACCACAAAGUCCAGAUGCAACCAAAUUAUUUCCCUGUUUGGAUGGAUAUCCAAACAUUGCCUUCAGAUGAACCAUCUAUCAUUGAGUGCCCAAUGGGAACAAUUCCAAUACUGCAUACUAAUGGAAGUGACACCAUAGCAGCACAUAGUUACGAUGGGCAAUUGGAGUCAGCGGGACUCAUAUACCAGGGUGAUGUAUAUGGGGUGCGUGGUGUAUUCAAUGUUUGGGAGCCAAAGGUGAAUAAAUAUAGUAAGGAUUCUAGCGCAAUGUGUGUAGAAAUGAAAAGUGGAGGAGAACAACACACUGACAGGAUUGGUGCUGGUGUUCGGGUCUUUCCAACAUUGAGUGGCGAUACUUUUGUUAGAUUUCAUAUUUCUUGGUAUGAUGGCCUAUACAAAAAGUCAUGCAUUGACUUCAGUUGUCCUGGUUUUGUGCAAGUUAGCCAUAGAGUUGGUCUUGGAGCAAGAAUGCGAUCACCCUCUGUUUAUCAUGGAAAGCAGACAGUAAUACACAUUCAAAUUUUCAAGGACCCUGUGUCUAAGAACUGGUGGUUGACUUAUGAGCAUGUAGCAAUUGGAUAUUGGCCAAGUGCAUUAUUCGAAUUCCUUAGGAAUAAAGGUGACGCAGCAUUCUGGGGUGGGAUUGUUGAGGGGCCGACUGCCUCGUCAAACUCUCCGCAAAUGGGUAGUGGACAUUUUGCUUCGGAGGGAUACAGAGGAGCGGCUUUCGUAAAAAAUAUCCAGAUUGCGAAUAAUGAGAAGGGCUAUUUUGACACUCCAGAUAAGUCUCAAGUGCGGCCUGAAUCAAGCGAUAAAUCCAAAUAUACUGUGGAAAGAUUUGAAUAUAGUAAAUAUGUAGGUAUGCGUAUCUUCUAUGGUGGAUUAGGGUCUUAUAAGGCCUACUGA